AUGACAACAGCACCAUUAUCUCUAGGAGGCGAAAGAAUCACUGGCGAAUCUGUUCGUACUCAAAAUGUUUUGGCAGCAAUGACAAUAGCAAAUAUCGUUCGAACAUCACUCGGUCCACUUGGUUUAGAUAAAAUGCUUGUUGACGACAUUGGGGAUGUAACAAUAACAAAUGAUGGUGCAACGAUAUUGAAAUUAUUAGAAGUUGAACAUCCCGCUGCUAAAGUAUUAGUUGAGUUAGCACAAUUACAAGAUCAAGAAGUGGGAGAUGGAACAACCAGUGUGGUUAUUAUUGCAGCCGAAUUAUUAAAAAAUGCUGAUCAGUUAGUUAAACAAAAAAUUCAUCCCACAUCUGUCAUCAGUGGUUUUAAACUUGCCUGCAAAUUAGCUGUGAAAUAUAUUCAAGACAACCUUGUGAUUAAUGUUGAUGAACUUGGCCGUGACUGUCUUUUGAAUGUGGCAAAAACAGCAAUGGCCAGUAAAGUUAUUGGGUCUGACAGCGACUUUUUUGCUAAUAUGUGCGUUGAAGCGGCUAUUCUGGUUAAAUUCAAUGAUACCAAGGGUGUUCCUGUUAUUCCCGUUAAAUCAAUCAAUAUUUUGAAAGCACAUGGCCGUUCGACACGUGAAAGUCUACUUAUUCAGGGUUAUGCAUUAAACUGUACAGUAGCUUCUCAAGCUAUGGUUAAACGUAUUACAAAUGCAAAAAUAGUAUGUUUGGAUUUUAGUUUACAAAAAGCUCGUAUGAAACUUGGUGUACAAAUUGUUGUGGAAGAUCCAGAAAAACUAGAAGCAAUUCGACGAAGAGAGAUCGAUAUAGCCAAAGAAUGUGUAGCUAAAUUAUUGAAUGCUGGAGCAAAUGUUAUAUUGACAACAGGUGGUAUUGAUGAUCUGUGUUUAAAACAAGUUAUUGAAGCUGGAGCAAUGGCCGUGAGAAGAUGUAAAAAACAAGAUUUAAAACGAAUUGUUAAAGCAACUGGAGCUCAAUUAUUAACAGCAUUAGCCAAUAUGGAAGGCGAUGACUCAGUAGAGGCAUCUGUUAUUGGAAAUGCCGAGGAAGUUGUUCAAGAACGAAUUUGUGAUGAUGAACUCAUUCUUAUUCGAGGACCAAAAGUUCGCACAGCUGCUUCUCUUAUCUUACGAGGUGCAAAUGAUUUUAUGUGUGACGAAAUUGAACGCUCUGUUCAUGAUGCAUUAUGUGUUGUUAAACGUGUUUUGGAAUCUAAACAAGUUGUGCCUGGUGGCGGAUGUUGUGAAACAGCAUUAUCAAUUUAUUUAGAAAAUUUUGCUACAACAGUAAGUUCUCGUGAACAGUUGGCUAUCGCUGAAUUUGCCACCGCUCUUCUAUCGAUACCAAAAUCAUUGGCUGUUAAUGCUGCUCAAGAUGCAACAGAAUUAGUGGCUAAAUUACGUUCAUAUCAUAAUGCAUCACAAACACAGAAAGAUAAAGAUCAAUUGAAAUGGUUUGGACUUGAUUUACACGCUGGAAAAGUUCGUAAUUGUAAAACAGCUGGUGUACUGGAACCAACUGUGUCAAAAAUAAAAAGUUUAAAAUAUGCUACUGAAGCAGCCAUAACAAUUUUGCGUAUUGAUGAUAUGAUCAAAUUGGACAAAGAAGAGAAAAAAGGUGGACGACACGGUGAUGAAUGUAUGUAA